AUGUCAAUUCCCGACCCAGAUAGACGUGCCAUCAGUCGUUCCGUGAGCGUGAUGGGGCACAGCCACCGUCCGCAGAACACGCUUGAAGAUCAGCCAGACCGAGCACCACAUGUUCGGCGAAUUCGGUUUCUGGUUUAUUCGCGACCGGCGCUACGAUUUCUCCCGACAGAGCGUCGUUUCGGACGAGAACCCAAUGACAGUCCAUCUCCCCGAUGGGAGGCAAGCACGGCUGUCGAAGAGAUCGGUCUUUUAUCGCCUCUCGCAAAGCCUGCGAGCCGACGAAGCUCUGGUUCCCCGGCCGCACAUAGAACGUUAUGUAGAAGAACUUUGGAAGCGAAGGACCUGUUCCAUUACUGUUCCCCAUGGACGAACACGGAAGCCCCAAAAACUGAAUCAUUCGAUUGCUCCACUGAUGAUUUCACAUUCAUUGUCUUCACAUCACCUCAGUGCCACAUCGCAUCACUUUUUCGGAAGCAGAAGGAAAUCAUUAGACAAAGGCUAUUUCUUAGGAGAGUUUUCACCUCACUUCUUUUCUAUGCGUGGGCUGCUCUGCAUAGUUCGUCAUCGAUUUCCUAUCUUAUCGGUGAAAAUUCCAUUCACACGCAGGUACUCUUGCGACCUCGUCCACUGCUGCGAUCUUUGACCUUCUUUCAUUUCCACAUGUGUUCAAAGGUAAAACUGGUUAUAGACACUGAUGGAGUUUCUGAUGAUAUUCGAGCGAUAUCGCUCGCGAUGCAACACCCAGACGUCGAGGUCAUAGCUUUCACCACUGUUCAUGGUUGUGUGUCAGUUGAGCAAGCGACAGCCAACGUUGCGAGAUGCCAGCGCGCAAAUGACGUUUCCAAGCGCAUAGCAAUCUAUAAAGGAGCCGGAGAAUCGUUGCUUGGCAGUGAAAGCGAGUUCCGCAGCGAAAACAUUUUCUUUGGCAAGGACGGACUCGGAGAUCAACCGAAAGCCUUUCCUGAGGUUCACCCCAUUGACUUCAUUCCCACCUCGAACGAAAUUGCUGCCUUAGCCCUCGUUCGCAUAGCAAAGGAGAACCCAGAAGCGACAUUGGUCUGUCUUGGGCCACUUACCAAUAUCGCCAUCGCCCUGAAAAUCGAUCCAGAUUUUGCUUUCUCCAAAGUGUUUGUGAUGGGGGGGAACUAUUACGGAAUUGGGAACGUGGAGUCAAAAUCGUCAGCAGAGUUCAACUUUCAUGGCGAUCCGGAAGCUGCCUCUAUAGUGCUAAAGAAAUUGGCCUCUAGGCUUGUGAUUAUUCCAUGGGAGGCGUUUUUCAUUGAAGGAGCAAAGCACGAAACGGAAGUUGACUUCGAUGCUCAUCUGCAAUACAACACAAAGUUGGCCUCGUUUUUAAGCACUGCCACCAGCACUGGACGUGCUGCCCUGGCAAAAAACGGUCGUCAGUUCUCUUACUGUGACGAAAUAGCAGUUGCAGCGGCGAUAGAUUUGGAUCGUGUCGCCAACAAAUUAAUACAUUUAAGAGUCAACGUUGAGCUUUCUGGAGUUCAUACCAGAGGUCAAGUAGUGGUUGACUGGGUGGAUGUACUGUGGAACAAUGAAGACGCCGAUUUCGUUGUGACUCAAGGGAAAUCGGUGGAAAGAGGAUCGCCUCCUGUUACAUUUCUGAUUUCUUACGAUGUUGUUUUAGUUGACGAGUGGAUUAGAAAGGCCGUUAAAGGAGAACCUGGACCAUGGUGA